AACAUUUUUUUCGGCGGUUGACGCUGUUGAGCGCUGACAAAAAUUUAUUUUGUUCUGUCAAUUAAAUUCAUACAAGUAUUUGCUAGCGCUAAAAGUUUGAAAUCUUCCUUUACUUUAAAACAUAAAAACGAAAUUAAAAACCAUUAUUCUUAGUUCAAAAUUGAAAUUUUCAAACAAAAUAAUAAAAAUAAAAGUUGUGUUCUUGUGCAGUAAAAGAAUUCAGUAAAAAAGGUAUUGUCGCCAAGUUAUAAAACAGAACUUGAAAUUCCUUUUCUAAGGAUUCCUUUGUGUUUGUAGGUACAAACAUAACCUUACAUUUUUCUGGAAUUAUCCUAAAAACAAAAAAAAAAAAAAAAAUGAGUAAAGAUAUUUACUAUUCCGACAAAUACUAUGAUGAAAAAUAUGAAUACAGACAUGUGGUGCUUCCUAAGGAGCUGGUGAAAUUGGUACCCAAAACACAUCUCAUGUCUGAGGCGGAAUGGCGUUCAAUUGGUGUUCAACAGUCACGCGGCUGGAUUCAUUAUAUGAUACAUAAACCAGAGCCUCAUAUUUUACUAUUUCGGCGACCCAUACAACAGUAAACAGGUUUUAUGUUUGGGAAUGAAGCUCUCUGGCAAUCAGUAUUCAACUGCUUAUACAUACGAAAUCAUCCUCCCAACAACCAUCACAUUAAAUGUAAAUAGCCAAACACAUUUCAAAUCGGUAAUUAAGUCGUUAUUUUGCUGGAUAAAGUCAAGAGCAAUCAAUGAUAGAGUGCUAGUCGUUCGUUCGUUUAGUAUUUUGCUAAAUUAUUUAUUCUAAAAAAGUAAGAAUCACUAAUCAUGGAAAAGCUGCAGCUGCUAUCUGCUGCAAAGUUUUAAAAUACAUCAUAACAUUUGUUUUUCUAUUUUUCAAUAUUUUGUUCAUAUUUUUUGUAUAAAACAAUAUCUAUUGCCAAUUUAAUAUUUUUAAUAUGUUUAUUUAUUUUUUCUUUUGCUUUAAAAUUUUCAACUUUAUAAAUAUGAGAGUGAACAAAAAUAUUUAGUGGAUACUUGGCAUGCUCUUGACUCGAUCCUGCUGUUUCUAUAGUGGGAUCGAAUGUCUCCAUUUUUUUAUGUUUUACUUUUAUGGGCCAUAUUUUAAAGAAAUUUAUUUUUUUUUUUUGUAUUAAUUUAAUAUUUAAGUAUUACUGCUAGCUGUUUACAUAGCAUUUAUGAAUAUUUUUCAAAUACAAAAUAUAAUAAAACGAACUACAAAAACAAUUCUCUAAA